GGGGAACCCAGUGCUUAAUAUCAUUGUUUUCAAUUCGAACUGAGGUUAUCUGUUUUCUUUAAGGAUGCUACUUUGAUUUGUCACAGUUUCUUUACUCGAUCAAUCCAAGGUCCAGGAUGUUUCACGCAUGGACAUAACUUUUCUGGUGAGGACUUGUCAUGCACCCCGAGUAUGGAAUGCUUCGUAGUCUGCUCCACAGUACUCCGUACAUGGAUGUCCAUGGUUAUUACCGUAUUGUACCUUUACAGGUGCUUUGUCCCUCGUGCUGAAGCUACCCGCACAUACAGAACUUAUGCACUCCUCACAGCACUCAAGCUCAUUUGUCUUCCUUUCCUGUUUCCCUUUAGCUAAGGAGUAAUCCUUGAAGUCAGCCCUGCACGGGUCAGAAUUUUCAUGGUACAGUUUGGUAAAGCUGCAUUUGCGGAUGUGUCCCGGUUCUUUGGUAGUGGC